AAAAAAAAGAAAGUAGGAUGCAACCUGCCAUAAUAACUCAUUGUACAGAUGCUUUUUCGUAGCCUCAAUGACUGGUCUUGAGUGGAUGAAUAAUAUGUGACUUUUGGUUGUAGCAUCACGUGUGGUUUAAACUCCGGCUCAUUUCUCAUUAUGGAGAGCAUGAUUUUCUUUUUCAUUUCUUGCAGAAGAAGGGCAAGAAGUUCAUUGUUCUUACUUUCCUCCUUGAUUUUUUUUUUUUUUUAUCUUUAAAAGCUUAAACUUACUCGCUGAGCAUAAACGAUCACAUAGUAAUGGGGCUGUUUCAACUGUCAAACGAAAUCCUGCAGCAUAUCCUUCAUGACGUGAGCCGAUCGACAGUUUUCACUUUAUGCCUCUUAUCACGGACCAGUUACUAUUGCUUUUUACCUUUCCUUUAUCAGCAUGUAGAAUUAGGAACGAGGAAACAACUCAAAUGGCUGCAAAAAGGUUUGUGUGAGAAUGGCUAUUUGAGAGAGACCGCUCGACAGCAUACACAGGCCAUCACUUUGAAGUGCCGUCAGGGAGGAGGAGCGCAAAGUCAUCACUGGCUCAUCACGGUCUCUUUACUUGAGCAGCUGCCGAAUGUCACCAGAGUGUGCUUUCGAGAUUUUGUGUCGCUGUCGAUACAUGAUCUACAGCAGGUGAUGAUGGUGUUGCCUAGAAUAACGUCCGUUUCGUUCGAGUACUGCAAUCUCGUCGCUUCAGCUCCUCCACUUGUGCCACCGGCAGGAGCAUGGCCACAAGCCCGGGGCCAUUUUGCUGCUCCAGAGAAUCGUACUCUGUUGAAUGCGUCUCUUCACAACGGCUCUCUUUCUGUGGCAGCUAGCUUAGCGUCAGCGGCUGCUUGUUCCAACAGAGGAGACGUAUCCACCCGAGCGGGCGCAACAGCAGUACGUGGAGAACGGCUGAAUGCGCAGCACAUGCACCGUCCCUUCCUUGCCACCGAGGAUCUCGAUGACUGCAUGGACCCUCCUCGAGCCCCUACACAGCCUGCAGAGGCUUCUCAUCAUCAUCCUCAUCCUCAUCCUCAUCCUCAUCGUCAUCACCACAGCCCCUCUGCAACCGCCUCACCUUCCGCGCAUCACUUGACUGCAACGACAAAGACGACCCCUCCUACCAGCGCCGCUACCGCUACCGCUACGCCUACGAGUGUAUCCAUGACCCACAACGCGGGAGCUCAAAAGGAGGGUUGCUGCUGGUGCAGGCGGAUCGUCUUUCCUACUGUGCAAAGUCUGGUCUCACUUUGGACAGAUUUUUCAGUGGAGGCCAUGCGGCAACUGUAUGAGAUCAUGCCGAACCUGAACCGUGUUCAUCUAGGCGCCAAUCAUAACAGGACAGCACGCGCCAAUGAUGCUGCUGUUCGCCAUCUUUCUCGGUACUGUUCCAGAAUUCAGCAUUUGUUCAUUUCGCUACAGCAAAUUGAGGAAACAACCCUGUGCGAGACGAUACGAGCCUACGGGAAGCACUUACUUUCCCUCUCCGUGCGGUGUGAGGGCGAGACAACGCUAGAGGCGAUUGCGUUGUAUAGCGCUCAAUUGCAACAGUUGGUGAUGCGAUGCAGCCACAAGAUCACACAAAGCGCAUGGAGUCCCCCUCAGGCGUUGCAUCGAGAAGAAGAAAGAGUCUCCUCCUCCGUGAACCAUGGUCAACAAGUCCACCUGAUUCUACAAGCGUGUGAAACGUUGAACUAUGUGGCAUGGAUAGGCUGGCCCCUCCAUGCGCUUCCUGCUGUUGUCUCGGAGCUCGUCCGUUGGAGGAAAAAGAAGAAAGGCAGUGCCUGUUGGCCGUUAUCACAGCGACUCUCAUUGCCUCGUAGCGCUUCUUUGACGACUCUGGUCAACGCGAACAGUAACAAUGAGAUCAUAGAACUGGACUCUUUCGAUUUGCAAGAAAUAAGACAACAGCUCACUGAGCCUUCUCUUUGAGAAGAAACAGGGGAGGAGAGCCAUCUCCUUUUCUGUAGGGGGGGGGGGGCGAACUUCUCGUAGGUAGAGUGAUCAC